AUGCCAGAGACGCCAAAACGGCAGGCCAGCAACCGGAGAAGAAACGAUCGCCUACCUCUCCGCACCGUUGUUGCGAAGUUCAGCAGCAUCGACCGGCUGGCGUCCGAGCACAAACGCGAGAUGGCCUCCAAGCUGCCAACCGUUGACAAGGAGGCGGUCGCGCGAGAGAUCUACCGAUUCCGGAACCUUCUCCUCGAACACGACGAGCAGAGCAUGAAGCUGGCGGUCAUCGACGAAGUUGACCCGGGCCAUGAGUAUCUCAAAUAUCUCGGCUGGGAUGUAGAGGUGGCCGGCGAGGAGGGCUGGAAGAAGUCUUGGAACGCCCACCCGGAGAGCGUAGGGCAAUUUGGGACGUAUAUGCGUGGGACGGUCAAGAGAUGGAGGGACACUUGGGUUGAGGCACAGGCGGAGGAGAGGCAGGAUGCUCAGGGCCAGGUGACAAACACACCCGGAGAGAACGAUCAAGGGGCUGACGGAUCACAGGAUGCUGGAGCUCAAGACCAGGAUGCUGAAGGUCAAGAUCAGGAUGCGGCCACUGAGGAAGUCGAGAUUAGCGACCGACUCUCUCACAUGGACUUGCAGAGUGAGGAGCAGCAGCGAACGAACCAAGUCCCAAGUCGAACGGUUACCGCAGAGGCCGCUACACCGGGGCCGUCGCAUGCCGAGGAAGAUGCGGAGACGCCGCCACGUAGACAGUACUCGGAACAGGAGAAGCGGGAGUUUUGGGAUUGGUAUCGGAACGUUUUGCGACACAACCAUCCGAAAGCGAGGGAUGAACAGGAGCAUCAGGGUGGAGCGUCUUCUGGUUGA